GGCGACUCUAUCGUUUGCUUGAGGGUAGAUCCGCUCGAGGAAAGGAUUUGGUCGAGGGAUGGAGAAUCAAAAUGGCUCAUUUCGUCCGAAAUUUUAUUCUCAAAAUAGAGAUAGUCAAGAGAGUAGAAAUUCAAAUGUAGCACUUCAUGAUAAUAGCCCUACAGGAAGAAUGCCCCAAAUUCCAUUCUCAUAUGGUUCUUUCCAAACUCCAACAUCUGGAUAUGGUUCUUUCCAAAAUCCCAUGUCAGGUAUGAUGCCUCCUCCUUAUGCUUGUGGACCAUGGAUGCAAUUUUUAAAUGGUACACCAAUGCCACAAAUGAGAUCACAAAGUUCACCCAUGAGUGGAACGCCAAGAUCAUUAUCAUUUGAAAUCCCCUCAUCGGAAGCUAGUGGCGGGUCUAAGAGGGUAGCUCGUGAACAAGAUGAGGAAGUUUCGUCACCUUCAAAAAAACUUAAUCAAACUAUGAAAGUGAAGAAAGCUGGAAACAUCAUGUGGGAUGAUGAGCUUGAUGAUUUCCUCAUUCCUUUCUUGGCCAAUGAAGCUAGGAAUGGUGGAAAGUGUGACAAGAGUAUGCGGUCUAGGGCAUUCAAUAAUGCGGCUAAAGCAUGUACUGAAAAAUUCCAUCAGUUAUUUACCAAGGACAAUGUGGGAAACCACUAUAGAACUCUUCGGAAUCAUUAUCUAGACAUGCGAAAAUGUCAUGAAAUCAGUGGCGCCGGUUGGGAUGAAGAAACAAAAACAAUAACACUUGAUCCAAGUGUUUAUAGCACAUGGGCAAGGGUAAUAAUUUCUUAAUUUUCUGCUUUUAGAUUUAAUUUUAUAUUGUUUCCACUACAUGAAUUGUAUAUUAGUGUCUAAAUCCAUUGCACUUCUCUAAAUAUGCCGCAUCAAUCAAAGGCUAUAGAUUAAUAUGCCAUUAAACUAUGCCAUUGGUGUAGAUUAAUAUGCUCAAUUUUGUGAAGGUUCUGUUUUCG